AUGAUCGAUCUCUUUCUCCUCUUAGGCAUCAAGCUGGCGCUCUACCUCUCAGCUCGAUCCGCCCUUCCUUUCCUAUUCGGCCAAGCACGACAUGCUUCGUUGGACAUCGGUACUAAGACCACUGCGUCUCUCCCCACUCCGGUAACGACUUGCAAUCAUGCAAAUCAUAGCACAUACCACUCAGACUCAAUACACGACGACGACGAUAACCCAACCGACCGCUCGCCUUUCCUAGCGGCGAAGAAGGGCUCAGUAAUUCCUACGUGGACACAGUUCAGGGUUUCGAUCUUUGCUCCAGUACGCAUCCGCAACUCGCAAGGAAGCCUCGACCUUGCUAGUGUAGCCGCGCUUCUUUUCUCUCUCGCCUUCGAGGAAUCAGCCACUCUGUUCGUUGCCGUCUUGCUAGAGACGGCUGGAUUUGUUGCUGGCAAUGGUACCUCACUUCGAAAGAUGUGGCGCUUCUCUCUCGCUGCCGUUCUCGCACUCGCCAUUGUGUGCAUUCCACUAGCCGUCUGUCUCCUCUUCACCUACCGCAGCAACACUUCAACCCCUCUUCCUCGUCGAGUCGCAUAUUUGCUCGUCCCGUUCAUUCCAUGGCUCGUCCUCUUCCUCAAGGUCCCCCUGCCAGCUGCUUUGCUGGAUAGACGUAGUGGUGCAGGAAUCUUUGAUGGUCUCAUGGCAAGAACAGCCGUGAUUGGUGUCACUUUCAUCGCAAUACUCUCAGGCUCAGCGGCGCUGCAAGCUGCUUGGGAAGCAUUCGAACACUUCAAAGGAAAACAACAGCGUCCGCCGUCGGCAAGCGACAUCCAUCUAGCUAACGAGUCUUUCCAGCGGUCAUGUUCCGAUCUCGCAGCUAGGAAAGCUGAUCUCAAUCGGCUCGAGACCGAGACUUCUGACCGGACAGGCUCCGGCGGUUGGAGUGUGUCCAGCCUCUGGGGAGGUGACAGUCGCUCCAGAGAGAUCAAGUCGCUCAAAUCGGAAAUCUUUGGUCUAUCCUCCAUCGCUACCGCAAUGCGCGACGACCUGGAUCGCAUGACUUCACUUCAACACAAAGAACAGCUCAAUGCGACAAUCAUAGGCAAGCUCUGGAUCCUCAUUGGCUGGAUCUGGGCCGCAUACUGUGCCUUUCGCAUUGCUUUGUCGACGCUCAACUUGCUCAUCCUUGGGUACCGGGAUACGGCGCCACCCGACUUUAUCUCGCUUCUAGUCGCCUACAUGAUCCGCAUUUUUGAUGUCAAUCUCGACGUGGCUGCUUGGACCAAGCAAGUCUCUCUUCUCUUCGUCGGUAUGCUCAUCUGGGGCAGGAUCGGUAAUGUGCUCAGCUACCUCGGCUCAGCUUUCCGUGCAGCUGGCAGAGGCGUGUCGAGCUCUUUCCUCGUUCUCUUCCUCGCCGAGAUCAUGACGAUCUAUCUUCUCGCCACCCUCAUUCAGCUCAGGUCCUCGCUGCCAGCAUCAGUUUCGACACCAACCGUGAGAGAUCUUGUGGACGAAAAGACUCCUCCGUUGUUAGCCACGCUGCCGAGCUUCCAGGUCGUCUUUGGCAGUCUUUUCGACUCUGCCUUUUUGCUAGCAGCCGCCGUCACAGCUGUGUGGAAGUAUCUCAUGUACAUGCAGCGAAACUCUUCUGGCGAUGGAGGUGUACUCUUUGGUGGCGGUAGCCAUUGA